GGACUAGAAGCUGGGAGGCCGGGGAUCGGAACAUCAGCUAACAUCAGCUAACGGCUGACCACUGCCAGCCCACCCCUCCCACCCACGUGGAUUGUACGUCUGGGCUCCAGAGAGAGAGCAGGGCUUGGAGCGCAUCAUGAUUUCACCAUUCUUGGUGCUGGCCAUUGGCACCUGCCUUACCACCUCCUUAGUGCCAGAGAAAGAGAAAGACCCCAAGUACUGGAGAGACCAAGCUCAGCAGACCCUGAAAAACGCCCUGAGCCUUCAGAAUCUCAAUACCAACGUGGCUAAGAAUACCAUCAUGUUCCUGGGAGACGGGAUGGGCGUCUCCACGGUGACAGCUGCCCGCAUCCUCAAGGGCCAGCUGCACCACAACACCGGGGAGGAAACCAGGCUGGAGAUGGACAAGUUCCCGCACGUGGCCCUAUCCAAGACAUACAACACCAACGCUCAGGUCCCCGACAGCGCGGGCACCGCCACUGCCUACUUGUGUGGGGUGAAGGCCAAUGAGGGCACUGUGGGGGUGAGCGCGGCCACCCAGCGCUCCCACUGCAACACCACUCAGGGGAACGAGGUCACCUCCAUCCUGCGCUGGGCCAAGGAUGCCGGGAAAUCCGUGGGCAUCGUGACCACCACGCGAGUGAACCACGCCACCCCCAGUGCCACCUACGCCCACUCCGCCGACCGGGACUGGUACUCAGACAACGAGAUGCCUCCAGAGGCCCUGAGCCAGGGCUGCAAGGACAUUGCCUACCAGCUCAUGCACAACAUCAGGGACAUCGAGGUGAUCAUGGGGGGUGGCCGGAAGUACAUGUUCCCCAAGAAUAGAACCGACGUGGAGUAUGAGCUAGACGAGAAGGCCAGGGGCACGAGGCUGGACGGCCUGAACCUCAUCGACAUCUGGAAGAGCUUCAAGCCCAGACAUAAGCACUCUCACUACGUCUGGAACCGCACCGAACUCCUGGCCCUCAACCCCAGCACCGUGGACUACCUCUUAGGCCUCUUUGAGCCGGGGGACAUGCAGUACGAGCUGAACAGGAACAACGUGACGGACCCUUCCCUCUCCGAGAUGGUGGAGGUUGCCAUCAAGACCCUGAGCAAGAACCCCAAAGGCUUCUUCUUGCUGGUGGAAGGAGGCAGGAUUGACCACGGGCACCACGAGGGCAAGGCCAAGCAGGCGUUGCACGAGGCAGUGGAGAUGGACCAGGCGAUCGGGCUGGCCGGCACCAUGACCUCCCUGGAUGACACACUGACCGUCGUCACUGCUGACCACUCCCAUGUGUUCACCUUUGGCGGGUACACCCCCCGGGGCAACUCUAUCUUUGGUCUGGCCCCCAUGUUGAGCGACACGGACAAGAAGCCCUUUACUUCUAUCCUGUAUGGCAACGGGCCCGGCUACAAGGUGGUGGGCGGUGAGCGAGAGAAUGUCUCCAUGGUGGACUACGCUCACAACAACUACCAGGCACAGUCCGCUGUGCCCCUGCGCCACGAGACCCACGGCGGGGAGGACGUGGCGGUCUUCGCCAAGGGCCCCAUGGCACACCUGCUGCACGGCGUCCAUGAGCAGAACUACAUCCCCCACGUGAUGGCGUACGCGGCCUGCAUCGGUGCCAACCGCGACCACUGUGCCUCAGCCAGCUCCUCAGGCAGCCCCUCCCCAGGCCCCCUGGUGCUCCUGCUGGCCCUGCUCCCCCUGGGCAUCCUGUUCUGAGGGCCCAGGGCUGGGGCACCCACUAGCCCAUGUCAGACGGCCAGCCUCCCUCUCCCAGCGCUGCACACCGCCUGCAGCCCACACCUCAAGGGGCAGGGAGGUGGGGCACCCACAGCCUUUGCAGCUGCCAGGAAGGGGACCCA